UCCCUCAAAGAAUCCGGGAAAAAUCGAAAUUAUCAUUGCACAAUGACAUUUUGGUUAAAGACACACAGAGCAGGACAUAUAUAAAUAGGGAUGGGGAUAUGCAUCAUAGCUAGGAAGUGCAAAUUAAAACCAAAAGAAAAUCGUGAGGAGAGUGUUAUUAGUAUAAGAAAACAUAUUGUAAUGCCUAGGUCAACGAACCCUCUAGUUAUUUCACGUGUAGUAGGAGAUGUUUUGGAGCCAUUCACAAGUUCUGUGGGUAUGAGGAUUGUCUAUGAAGGUAACGUUGAAGUUGUUAACUGUUCCGAGCUCAAGCCAUCCCAAAUUAUCAACCAACCAAGAGUUGACGUUGGUGGAGAUGAUCUUAGAACCCUUUACACUCUGAUCCUUGUGGACCCAGAUGCACCUAGCCCAGGUGAUCCAAAUAUGAGAGAAUAUUUGCACUGGAUGGUAACAAAUAUUCCCGCAACAACAGGGGCAACCUAUGGAGAAGAGGUUGUGGCGUAUGAGAAUCCACGACCCGUAGUAGGGAUUCAUCGCUUGGUGUUUGUGCUGUUUCGGCAAAUGGGGAGGCAAACUAUAUAUGCUCCGGGAUGGCGGCAAAGCUUCAACACCAGAGACUUUGCAGAGCUUUACAACCUGGGAUCACCCGUUGCUGCCAUAUUUUUCAACUGCAAACGAGAAAACUCUCCUACUGGAUCUUCAAGGAGGAGAUAAUAAUAAUAUAUACCAUCAUGCAUCCAUCUAUCAGCUCCUUUAAUUAACUACGCUCAUCAACAUGCGCACGUGCGGAAGGGUACUACUACUAAUUAAGUACAUUCCUCAUGGAUUGCCAUAAUAAUAGUUGGUCCUUUUGUGACACUGCUAGCUAUGCUAGUUGCUGUCGUCCCUCGACGACUCUAUAUAGAUUAAUAUGUUCUUCAUACAUGCACUUCCUUCAUAAUGAUAAGAUGGAUCUCUUUCAUAUAAGUACUUGCACUACUUUUACUAAGUAAUAUUUCAAGCAAACAAAAAAUAUAUUUUACCAAUAUUUAUUCGGCAAAAAAGUUUGGGUAUACAUACACUCUACCAGGCCUAUGAAUAAUAAUUAAUAUAAACAUACAUCUUAAAUAUAAGUUCAUGAAACGUAAUUUUAUUGUGUUAAAUUUGUAUUUAUAUGCAAAAACUUGUCAUAUUAUUAGUAGCUAUAUAUUUAUUUGUUCGACACCAUGGCGAAUUGGCAAUCAUUGCUUUAUCACCAUUGUAUGAGUGGAAAUUUCUAUUUGAUUUUUGUUUUCAAUUUUAUAACACAAUGUCAAUGGGAUUUUAGAAGUUGACAUGAGACAACAACUCAUCAAUCAUGAAAUAUCUAAUUGUCCACUCUCAUUUCAAACUCAAAGAUAAAUCAAUAUUGAUUUUGAUUUCUUCAUAGUGAUCAUUAUAAGUGUAUAAUAAAAGUAUGUCAAGUAGAAAAUAAAAGCAAAGAGAAGGAACAUACUAUAGUUGGGCCCUUGACAGGCUUUUCGACCAUAAUACCAUUAAUCAAAGUUCGUUUACAAGUCAACCGAAGUGGCAGGCUUCGUCAAUAACAUUCAUAGCACAUCUUGGACUCCAAUCCAGAUGGUUUCUAAGUGGCCCAAUCCGAUUCAAGAAAAAAAAAACACGGAGAUGAUUGCGGCUUUUGA